GCAACCCUGAGCACCCCCUCUCUGCUGUUAUGGUAGUGUUUUGGUGUUGGUUCCGGUGUGCUGCUUUCUGCAGUGUGUAGACCGGUGUGUGUGUGUGUGUGUUUCUGCAGGUAAAGCUGCAUGGUUUGUUGGCUGGUGGCAAAAAAGUGGGCAGGGCAUGGAUGGCUGAUGGACAGGUGUCUGCACCAAUCACAACACAAUGCUGGCACGGAACCGCUUUAUCCUGCUGCUGGUGAUUGGUGUGGUGCUAGCUGUGCUGAGCUUCAGCAUUCAAUACUUGCAACCGAUGCCAACCAGUCCGUUGACAGAAGAUGGGACUCUCGGCAAAAACAGGAAGAGAGUAAAUGCUGCGGUUCAUACAGAGCCACCAGAGCUUGACCCGAUCAGUGAUGCUUACCGAUACUGCAACUUGCCUAAUCGCACAGAACACACACGUGAGGGUCACAGCCUGGCGGACUACAAGCUGCUGUUUGUGCAGGUGAUGAUUCGCCAUGGGGACCGGUACCCGCUUUACCCCAUCCCUCAGACCAAGAGACCAGCCAUCGACUGCACACUGUCACCUCACAGAAAGCCCUCUCACCCCCUGCUGGCUUCCUUCAUCAGUCACAUGGCGCAGGGUGGACGCGGUCACUGGGACGCAUCAUUGGGCUCACUGGCCCGAGUACCCAAUCAUAGCACCUGUGAGCUUGGCGAGCUCACACAGACAGGUGUGGUCCAGCAUUUAAAAAACGGUGAGAUCUUGCGCCAAGCGUACCUCAAGCACCACAAGCUGCUUCCUCCUGAUUGGUCAUCGCAGAAGUUGUGGGUGGAGACGACCGCUAAGAGCCGCACCCUGCAGAGCGGUUUGGCUCUGCUCUAUGGUUUCCUGCCCAAUUUCGAUUGGUCAAAAGUGACGGUACGGCAGCAGAGGAGCACCAUGUUCUGUGGCUCACGGUGUGACUGUCCAGAACGGAACCUCUUUCUGGAUGAGGAGCAGCAUCGCCAGUACCGCCUUCGCGCCGCUAAUGCCGAACUCGAGCGCACCUAUGUGGAUAUGGGAAAGGCACUGGGCGUGGCCACACGCACGAUGCGGGCUUCCAAUCCCAUAGACGCGCUGCUGUGCCACUUUUGCCACGCCCUGCCGUUUCCCUGCGCCAGCUCACAUUCCUUUCCUGCAUCUGAAAAGGGGGGGUGUCUAACACUGCAGCACUUUUCUGUGAUUCGCCAGCAGCAGAGAGAUGACGAGCGGGAGCGGAAGGAGGCGGGGAUUUAUCGGCGUUUUGCCGUGCUCGCCGCGCAUCCUUUCCUGAAUCGGACAGCGGUACGCAUGGAGAAUGCUGCUCGCGGCAAGAACGAGCCCGUGUUCGCCCUGGCCUCCGCCCAUGACAUUAGCAUGGCACCAGUGCUAAGCGCCCUUGGCCUGGAGGGGGCAGGGUUUCCACGUUUUGCUGCUCGCUUAGUGUUUGAGCUUUGGAAGAGUCCGGAAUCAAAGGCCAAGGGACCACAAGGAGGUGUGGCAAACACUUUUGUGCGCGUUCUCUAUAACGGAGAGGACUUGACUUUCGAGACAGCCUUCUGCCGUGACCACGACCGCCAUUCCACUGAGCCCCUGUGCCCUCUGAGUAAUUUCUUGUCCUUUGUAAGAAGGGAUAUGUUCAGUAUUGUGAAUGCCACCAGCUACCAUCAAGCCUGUCAUCAAAAGCUUUAAUAGUAAGACAGAUGGACAGAGAGAAAGAAGUGAACGCUUUUGGGUAUUUUUUUCUUAUGUUUUUGCUUUUCAUCUAUUAUCGGUUACUGAAUUUAGUAGUUUGAUUGUGUUUUCUUUCGACAGAAACAGUAAAUGCUGUACUAAAAAUACCAUCUACAAGUUUACUCUUCUGUAAAGUAAUACACAGUGUCGGUAGAGUUAUUGCUGCUGUAUACAGCGUUUUAUCCGCAGCCUUUUUUUUUACAAUUCCUUUAGACAAGAAGUUUAAAAACCUGUUCACACCUAACAUUUAAAAUAAGCACAAGCAUUCCUACAAUCUUAGAAAAAUUGUUUGAAAUGUACGUUUCAUUUUUUUCAGUAUCAGCACAUGGAGACCGACCCCGGCCUACUCUAGUGUUUACCAUUUUUCUUUUCCUGACACUGACUUGAUUUUUGUUUUAGAUACCACACAAUCUUUACAAACCAGGUUCUUUUGAUCUUAAGGUUAAAAAAAUGACAGCUAAGCAUUCGUCGACUCAAAGCAUAAAGAGUGAACGUGACUACACAAACACAGUUCUACAGCAAAAUGUGUUUGUUUAAUAGAGCCAAUAGUUGGUGCUCUGAUUAAUUCAAUAUUAAAUGGGUAUCUGUACAACACAAUGUGAACAAUUGUUCUGUAUUGAUUCACAUUGAUGCUGUUUUAAAAACUGCUCAACCACCAUGUCCUUAAGUACGAGAAUUCACCAUUAAAAAUACGUUUAGGAGGAAUUUUUGCAAUAUAAUCAUAGUACAGUUUUUUUUUUUUUUUUCUGUAAAAGGAAUUAAAACCGUUUGUUUUAUUUCAGAAAUAUUCUCGUUCACCUUCUUCUAGAGAACGUAAUCGAGCAAUUCUGGGAUUCUCACAGAAGGAAAUGCAUUUGAAACCUGGACAGCUUCAUCCUGAAUAACAACUGAAUUUAAUCUCAUUAUUUUGUUUAAUGUUUUACUGGCAAAUAUCUGUUAUAGACAGAUGGCCCUGAAUGAAAUAUCAGGGGGGGAAAAAAAUCAAUUUUGUUCUUGGAGCUAAUUAAGAUAUAAUGGCAACUUGCUAAGUCUUAACCAUGCUGUCAUGAAAAUGUGGUAGCUUGUUUAAUUGAUUUAAAAUAAUACUGACACACAUUCUGUCUUAAAGCAGUGAGGAAACAUGCAUCAAGCCUGCUUUCCACUAUUGCACAUGAUUGUAUUCCUGUUCUAAGAAUCCACAUAUCUGUGGCUAAGCUGCCCAUAACAACUCGGUCAAGAAGAUCUAAAACCCGCCAUAUUUGUCUUAAACAAACCAUCAUAGUGAGCAAAGGUUCAUGCUAGCACAGACAUCGAGCAAGGAAUUACCUCAGACCUAUAUGUAAGGUCAGUCAGAAUGUUUUUCAAUGAUACUGACUUUUGAUAUUUUCUGAUAAACAAAAAAAAGAGAGAUCUUUAAGUGUAUUUGACAAAGUGAACUGAGAAAGUACGAGACAGUUGCACUUUUGAUUUGCUGCGUUUGAAAGAACACAAUGAGGUUUGAUAUGCAGCCUGUCAGCUUUCAUUUAAAAGCAUUUUAACAACACUUGCAAAUCAAGCACUGAUUACCAGCACAGUCCUGAGAACAAUCACACUGAUUCAUACGUGGGAAGGAUUUUUGACGAGAAAUAUUUAUCCCGUUAUGAACGCCGACUAGUUUUUGUACGAUGCGAGGUUUUUAAAAGUUUGUAAAAGAUUUGGCGCACACAGCCACUUUAUCUCCAUCUAUCUGACAAGGAUUUUUUUAUAUACAUCGAUACAUACUGCUGUUCAUUGUUAUAUAGUUGAUUUGAGUUUUUCUUUGUGUGACUAAAUGCAAACUGAUGUUCAUACGUGGACAAAUGUAACACCUGGUUUCUUAAAUUGUAAAAAACAUACAAACAACAACAAAAAAAAACAACGGUAUAAAAAGUGUUUAGGGAAUAUUGAAGGGUUUUGCAUUGUGAUUGCUGUUUUCAGUGUUAAUCAUGUUUUAGCACAUUCCAUAAAACUGAAGCAUGUUUUGCAAUAAAGUUACAUUCCAAAUGGA